AUGGCGACGGCUUCGCCCUCGCCGAUAUUUUCGAGUCUGACCGGAAUCUGGAGUCUGUUGGCUCUCCGCAGCGACAUCGACGAUAUCAUCCUUGAGCUCCUAGGUCGCUUCAGCCUCGAGAAGAUCUACGCAGACGCAGACAAAGAAUCCUAUGCGGACUUGAUCUUAACCUUAAUAGUUCAGCUCAGAGUGAUAUUCUUCAUCCAGCGCCUCACGCUCCCCCCGGUCGGCAGCAUCCCUGUGGAUUGGUCACUCGGCUUCCUGGUGAGCUGGGAGGUGACGGUGCGGACGGUAGAAUUCAUCCUCCAGAUCGUCUUGGAAGCGCGCGAAGUUCUUUGGGACUCCCCACUGCGCGACGAAUAUCUCUCGCGGCUGGUGCUAUCGACCGUCCAGAUUCUUUUGCUGCACCCAAAGCCCCCGCCCAACUCUCGGCUCAGAGAUCGUCGAGACCGAUUUGCGCGAGUCCACAGGGCUCUGGAAAGAGUGUGCGACAAUUAUCCAGAUACCAGUUCAUCAUUUCUAGCAGUCUGUCGGGCAAUCGCAGACGCUCUUCGCGCCGAACCGGAUGCUCUGUCGCUUCCCCCUCGGCUGAAACAGGAAUUGCCAUCCUUGACAGGAGAUCUAUAUCCUCUGCCUGACUGCCUCUCAUCGUCCUCCGUCGCGACCAUCGUCCCCCAGCAUGGUUCUUCGCAGAGCUGGUUAUCGCAACUUCUGGGUCUGUACGACGUGUCGCAAUUUGUUCUCGGCGCGAAUAUUCAGUUUGCAGUUAAUACCAGGAAGUUCUGUGAUCCGGGGCUGGAACGAGCAUCGAAGAGCAGUCGCGAUGCCGUGCUGCAUGCUCUCAAUCGCAUCCGCCUGCCGCCCUACGUCUCCGCGGGCCAUCUCAUCCCGAUGAUCAGCGAAGAUUUUCGAAUCAUACUGCCUGAUACCCCUAGCCUUGUGCAGCACCGGCACGAUGGAAACAUGGUUGAUGCGCUGGAGGCGUUGCGAGAGCGACUGGGUCAUCGACUGAUGGUUCACCGCGUCAGUGAUGGAGCCAUGAUGCACAGUGUGUCCCAGAUAACUAAAUAUAUUGAGCUCUUGGACGACCCCGGCGACCAGUUGAGAUCUGCCAGCCCGACGUUGUACGUCGCUAACUGCCAAGAAUGCCAUUUACUCGGCUCGUCACAGGUCCGAGAAAUCGCAAACCUGACUCACCUUGACGAUGCCGGCGGCGCGUCAGGAGUUGCCCUCCCCGUUGAGGCCAAGUGUGCGUUCUGUGGCUCGGCAGUCACCAUGGUACGUGAAGUAUCGCUAGCGAGGUAUACUUGGGAGCACCUCAAGCCACUCAGCCCGAACGUCGAGGCCAUCAAUGCGGAAAGGCAUCUCCCCACGCAAUUCCUAUUGGCGCCAUCGCGGUUCGACCAGCUCCGCCGUGACUCCGGGACGGCAUCAGGACCGUCAUCCCCGCCUCCCUCUGGCUUCUCUGGCUUUCCUCAGGGGCGAACAAACGCACCGCGCGCGGAACCUUGGGUCGAUAGUCCACCCCCACUAGGUAACCGAAGGAUGAGCGAAACUCCUCCCCCGAGAACUGUCAGGCCGGCGGCCGGGGAACCUCCAUUCUCUGCAGAUUCCGUGGGAGGUUUUGAACCCCUCAGCAAAACGACCACAUUCACUCACACCAGCUCAUCAUCGAGUGCGGGCAUCCGAGCCCUCUCGCCUCCUGCUACGUUAGAUAAGUCACGGUCCAAAUGGAAGCCGAGAUUCACCUCUUCGAAAAAGGAAACAAGGGACCAUGCAGACACCAGCUCAUUGUCUUCGGCGACUCUAGAGACCCAGAAGCUGGAGGAGAUCGACUUGAAAAGCCUCUGCCGGCGAGGAAAGCAUUCGGCUGGGGGAAAGUUUGCCCAGAAUAUUAGAGUGAGUUUAUCACAGAACUCGGCAUACUCGCUGUUCUGGUCGCAGUCCUCGAUCCAGAUCUGGGAUGUCAGUACCUGUCCCCCUACCUUCAAGGAUACCAUCUCAACGGAUGGAUUCUGCAUUCUUGCGGCUGCGACAGGAACACACGUGGCCUAUAUGACAGGAGACCGAGAUCGGAAGCAGACGCUGUGGAUCCAAAGCGUGGACAGGAUGUCUGCACGUCCAGUGGAGUAUUGUGUAGGGCCCACACCCUGGUGCACAAGUAUGACCGUCUCCCCCAGCGGUAGCUUCGUAGCGGUCGGAUUCGACAAAUCGACCGUGGGAUUGUUCGCCCCUUCUGAAUGGCAGCAACCGCGGCUCCAUCGCGUGCACACCCGUUAUCACCAGGACUGUAAGGACUGCCCUCCAAUCGCCACCGUCUCCUUCUCCCUUGAUGGGCUCGUUCUGGUGUGCAGCACCCGAAGCGAACGAAACGGAAUGAUCCAAGUGUUCUUGUCCCAUUUCCCAUUCUCCGACUUUCAGGAGGUUUUACCCUGCCGGUACCGCGUCCCUCUCCAUGAGUCAGAAGAUAACGGCAUAUCGUCUGUUCUCUUUCAGCCGGGGAUGGGCGGUAAGGAGGACAUCAUCUGCAUCACAACAUGGACGCAAUCUGGCGUUCCUAUUCUCGUCCAUCCCAACGGGGGUCAUCGCACGGAGAUCCGUGUGCAGAGUUCCGCCUCAUCCAACCACAAAGGCAAACUGGGCAAUCGCAUCCAGGCUGCUGCCUUUUCACCAUCGGGAAACGAGCUCGUCCUGGCUAACGAUAAGGGCCAUGUAUACCGAGUAUCCAACUUGGGCUCUAUCCCGAUUGAGGUCCGAAGGGUUGCUACGUCCAAGGAGCUUACUACCAAGAGUGAAUCCUUUGCAUUGACGUAUGUGCACCAGACAGACGAAGACUUGAUUCUACUGUCCUGGUCAGAUUCAUCAAAAGGGAUUGGCUACGUGAAGAAAAUCCCAAUCAUAACCACAGGGGAGAUUCAGCACUCGCAGAAGUCGAACAUUGUCAAUAUCACUGUUCAUCCGAGCCAAUCAGAACUUCCCGAAUUUGAGCCACCAGAGCACAAGGCUCCUGAGAAACGUCAAGUUCUUGUAAAGCCGCCGGUAGAGCUCGAGGCUUCGGAGAUUACCCCUCCGCCGGUCCAACGGCCUUCGAGAAUGGGCCUAUUUGGAUCAUUGCACGGCAAGAAAUGA